AGCCCGAAGUAUUCUAUUUUUUAAACCCAAUCGUUAUUACCUCCUGAGCGCUAGGAAGCCAAUGGCUACAUUUAUCCCCAGGUCACAGAGGAGAAAACUAAGACAGAGUCACUUUGUUAGGAUGAGGCGGCCCAUUGGUGGAGUAGGAAACACCUUGAGCCCGCAGGUAAGUCUUCGCCCAAGUUGUGGGCCCUGUUUCCUUAAUUACCUCCGACUGACAAGCUUUGGUCAUGGGAGAAUUUUCCCACGGAGAGACUGUCCUAAAGGGCACCUGAGCUCCACUCUGCGGUUUUCUGGGAUUUUCAUCUCCAUCAAGGAGCCCUGGUGGUGCAGUGGUUAAAGCGCCCACUCGGAGGUUGGAACCCACCAAAAGAUGCGGCAAUCUGCUUCCGCAAAGAUUUACAGUCUUGGAAACCCCAUGGGGUAGUUCUACUCUGUCCUAGGGAGUCGACUUGACUGCAGGGGGUUUGGUGGUUUGUCAUCUCGAUCGCGAGGGUAGGCUACUCGUUAAUUAGGGUGCCUCCUCCUAGACGGCGGCAGCGGCGACGCGAGGACUCGGCGGGCAGCGGCGCGAUGGGGCCCCUCCGAGAGACCAAGAAGGAGCAGAGAGUGCAGCAUCAUGAGAAGGAGAUUUCCCGAAGUCGAAUUCCUCGUUUGAUUCUUCGGCCCCACCUGCCCCAGCAACAGCACAAAGUGUCCCCAGCCUCUGAGUCUCCCUUCUCUGAGGAGGAGAGCCGAGAGUUCAACCCCAGCAGCUCUGGGCGCUCAGCGAGGACCAUUAGCAGCAACAGCUUCUGCUCAGAUGACACAGGCUGUCCUAGUAGCCAGUCAGUAUCUCCCGUGAAGACGCCCUCAGAUACUGGAAACAGCCCAGUUGGCUUUUGCCCUGGAAGUGAUGAAGACUUUACCAGAAAGAAAUGCACAAUUGGCAUGGUUGGUGAGGGAAGCAUCCAGUCAACUCGGUACAAGAAGGAGCCAAAGUCAGGCCUUGUAAAGCCAGGCAGUGAAGCCGACUUCAGCUCCUCAAGCAGCACGGGCAGCAUUUCCGCUCCUGAGGUCCAUAUGUCUGCUGCGGGAAACAAGCGGUCCUCUUUUUCACGCAAUCGAGGUCCCCAUGGGCGGAACAGUGGAGCAUCAUCACACAAACCUGUCAAUAGCCCACCAUCCCCACGGGAAAAGGACCUUCUGUCCAUGCUGUGCCGGAACCAGCUGAGUCCCAUUAACGUCCAUUCCAGUUACGCACCUUCUUCCCCGAGUAGUAGCAACUCCGGCUCCUACAAAGGAAGUGACUGCAGCCCAAUCAUGAGGAGAUCUGGAAGGUACAUGUCUUGUGGUGAAAAUCAUGGUGUCAAACCCCCAAAUCCAGAGCAGUAUUUGACUCCUCUGCAGCAGAAAGAGGUCACGGUGAGACAUCUCAAGACCAAGCUUAAGGAAUCCGAGCGCCGGCUUCAUGAAAGGGAAAGUGAAAUUGUGGAGCUCAAGUCCCAGCUGGCCCGUAUGAGAGAAGACUGGAUUGAAGAGGAGUGCCACCGGGUGGAGGCCCAGUUAGCACUCAAGGAAGCCAGGAAAGAGAUUGAACAACUCAAACAGGUCAUUGAAACUAUGAGGAGCAGCUUGGCUGAUAAAGAUAAAGGCAUCCAGAAGUAUUUUGUGGACAUAAAUAUCCAAAACAAAAAGUUGGAGUCUCUCCUUCAGAGCAUGGAGAUGGCACACAAUGGUUCUCUGAGGGAUGAACUGUGUCUAGACUUUCCAUGUGAUUCCCCAGUAAAAAGCUUCACCCUAAACACCUCUUUUGACAAGAUGGCAGACGGGCUGUCCCUGGAAGAGCAGGUCAUAGAGGAAGGGGCUGACAGCGAGCUGCUGGUGGGAGAUAGUAUGGCUGAUGGCACAGAUUUGUUCGAUGAGAUGGUGACAGCCACUACCACAGAGUCUGGCGACCUGGCCCUUCUUCAUUCCACCCCUGGAGCAAAGGUCUUUGAGAUCCUCCCCAUUGAGGUGGGUCAGGAAGAGGGCAGUGUGGUGGUGGAGCAGGCUGUCCAGACCGACGUGGUGCCAUUCACCCCUGCAGUCUCUGAGCUCAUUCAGAGCCUGCUCAAGCUCCAGGACCCAUGUUCCUCGAGCUCAGCAUCCCUUGAUGAGUCUGGGGCUGAGCAGACAGAAAGCUCCCCAGAGGCCAUCUCUGCCUUAGUGAUUGAUUUAACUCCAAGAAAUCCAAACUCAGCCAUCCUUUUGUCUCCUGUGGAGACGCCAUACAACAAAGUGGAGGCAGAAGCUCAUGAAAACCACCUCAUGAAAGAGCUAGAUUUUGCAGCCUACACAGAGGAAAGGUUGGACGGCAUCAUCCCGUUAUCUCGGGGGGAUGUGGUGAAGCAGUACUGGAGCAGCAGUUUCCUGGUAGAUCUCCUGGCCGUGGCUGCCCCCGUGGUCCCCACCAUUUUGUGGGCAUUCAGUACUCAGAGGGGGGGAACAGAUCCUGUCUACAACAUUGGAGCCUUGCUCCGGGGCUGCUGUGUGGUUGCCCUCCAUUCACUCCGCCGUACCGCCUUUCAUAUCAAAACCUAACUAGAAGUUGUUAGCGUGCCAAUUUGUCCCGUGUGACAUUGUGCCAGGUGGAGAAAUAGCAGGUCAAUCUGUGGCGGUCUCUCUUCUGUCGUUUUGCUCCUCGGUAUUUGAUUUGCACUAUGUUUAGCUGAAACCUGUUCACUGUUUAAAACCAGAGGUAUCUUCAAAGACAUGGAGAUCUGGUUCAAGUAAAUGUCCCACCAGUGUGGUGUAGAAAGCAUGCUCAUGACCCUGCCGUGUUGUCUGAGGUACCUGUUCUUAUGCCAGUGGUACAGGAAAACACAAAUUUUGCACUUUCAAGACAGCUUCUGUAAGGCUGGCAUGUUAUCUCCUUGCUUUGCUUUAUGCCGUUUUAAAACGUGUAAUCAUUCCAGCAUUCCAGUGGUCUUGUGCAUAGCAGGGGACUGUAACCAAAAAUAAAAACGUAUUUGUGUAAUUGGUUUGAAGAAGUCUGGAGUAGCUCUUUAGUGUCUUACUUGGGGUUGUUAAGGUUUGAGUGCAGUUUUUUUUGUUUUUUUUGUUUUUUUUUACUAAAUGUAGUUCCAAGGUCUUAAAUGCUUGUUUGUUCUUAAACCUGUUGAUAAAAUUGUAUGUAAGUUUACAAUGUAUUAACUUAUUUUUUGCUUACUAUAUAUAGUGUUUUAUCGCAAGUUGUUUGUAACCACACAUUUAAGCAUGACAAAAUAAAGAUUAGUGUUUCCAUUUAAAUAAAUGCUUUCCCCUCCCCCAUAAGAUCAUGUCUGUGAUUUUACUUUUAUAUAGGACAAGAAAGACUAAAUGGACAGAUCCUUUCAUCUUUAUCAAUAGGGAAUCAGUAAAAUGGAAUUAGCAUAAGAAAUGAGAAAGAGGGAAAAAUAAUUCUGAAAGAAAGGUGAGGAUUUCCUACCCUGUCUUUAACAAAACUUCAUUUCUGCAUAAAAAUAAAAAUAGAUUUGAUCAUUUGUUUAUACUUUUAAAUUACCCAUGCAUUUCUUCAUGCAUAAGCAUGUAUUGAGUACGUUCAGGAAAGUUGGGUUAAUUUUUUUAGAAACAGGUUAGGUAUGCAGUAGAGGGAGGAUAUGUGACUGUGUCAAGAUCAUUCUCUCAGGCAGAAUGGGCAUGGAAGCUAUGUUGGAGUGUGUUGAAGAGUGAAUGGAAGGGAGAAAGUAAAAAUCAGUGUAUACAGCUUUCGGUUUUUUAAGUUUUACUGUGAAAGGGAGUAGAGAAGUGAGUGAUAGUUAUACGGGGAUAUGAGGUCAAGGUUCUUUUGUUUUUUGUUUUGUUUUGUUUUUCCCUAACAUUGAGAUAAAUCAUAUUUUUAUGCUUUUGCAAAUAACGCAAUAAAGAAAAAUAAAUUGAUGGCUGUAUUCGCUUCUUAGGGCUGGCAUAAUAAAGUACCACAAAUUUGGUGGCUUAUAAGAACAAAAAUUUAUUGUCUCACAGUUCUGGAGGCUAAACCCAAAAAAACUCGUUGCCAUCAAGUCAAUUCCAACUCAUAGCAACCCUACAGGACAGAGUAGAUAGGGCAGAGUAGAAUUGCCCCAUAGGGUUUCCUAGGCUGUAAAUCUUUGGAAGCAAACUGCCACAUCUUUCUUCUACAGAGUAGCUGAUGGAUUCAAACCACCAACCUCUUGGCUAGCAGCCGAACACUUUAACCACUGUUUCACCAGGGCUGCAAUUCUAGAGGCAAAGAUCCCCCAAUAUCAGGGUAUCGGCCUUGUUGAUUCCUUCUAAGGGCUUUGAGGAAUAGUCUGUUUCGUUCCUCUCUUCGUAGCUUCUGUUGAUGACCAGCAAUCCUUGACAUGCGUUGGCUAGUAGAUCCUUCCAAUCUCUGCUUUUGCCUUCCCUCUGUAUCUGUCCGUGUGUCUCUUCUCUUUUAUAAGGAUACCACUCAU